CGAUAGUAUUCUGCAGCCCUAGUAUUCGCGGCCCAACAACAAAAUAACAUUGUUAUUUUUGGAGCGCAUAAAAGGGGUUGGCUUUUAGGCCAGGACAGGGAUAAAAUGGACAACGACGAGACUGAAACAACACAUUAUUACUUGGAAUGCGAGGUCGGCGUGGAGGAAUGGCACUGGAAUCCCAAGAGCACGAAGCUGCUGGUCGAACUCUAUUCGGAGCGGCGUCACAGAUUUCGUGAUCCGAAAAUCCGCAAACGUGCCCUCUGGACAGAGAUUGUGGAUGGCAUGGAGCGUGCCGGUUUCAAGGGCAUCAAUGAGGAUAUCUGUGAUCGCAAAUGGCGCAAUAUGAAGAAAACGUAUCGAACAUGCCGCGAAACGCUUAGAAAAACCGGACGCAAACGCGUUGGCUGGGAAUAUUAUGAUACGUUCGAUGAAAUGUUUCAAAAUGAAAAUGCGCCCGCCACCGUAAAGCUAGAAGAUGAUUCAUUGCCAGACGAGCAGCAGCGUACAGCACUGGCGGAUUUGUGCAGCGCAACAGUCGAGGCACAAGCCCUGGGCACAGACAAUGCCGGCGAUCUGUCUGUGAGCCAGGAGCAGCAGCGACAGCUGUUAAUCCUCGAGCGCAAUCGGAUCGCUGCCAUACGAGAGCUAAGCAAACGGAUUGAAGAGUCCAAUGCGAUACAGCGUGAACGCAACGAUCUGCUGCGCGAGUAUCUCGCACAAUUAUAGCCAUAGGAUAAAUCAAAUUGUUAAGCUUCAUAAAAUUCUUAAAGUAAUUCGACUGUAUUGGCAAUAAUUGAAUAGUUGAUAGGUCUUUUCUUGUAUAUUUAAAUAUUAUGGAAAUCGAACAUAAAUAUAAUUUUAAAGGUAAA